GACAAUGGAUAAGAAUGAUGGCCUUUCCUCCUUUUCCUCUAAGAUGGCGCCGAAGCCCAAGAAGGAAGCGGUUGUCCCCCCCAAGACAGAGGCCAAGUCCAAGGCCUUGAAAGCCAAGAAGGCAGUGUUGAAGGGUGUCCAUAGCCACAAAAAGAAGAAGAUCCGAAUGUCUCCUACCUUCAGGCGACUCAAGACGCUGAGACUUCGAAGGCAGCCCAAAUACCCUCGGAAAAGUGCUCCUCGGAGAAAAAAGCUUGAUCACUAUGCCAUCAUUAAGUUUCCCUUGACCACUGAGUCUGCUAUGAAGAAGAUUGAGGACAACAACACUCUUGUCUUCAUUGUGGAUGUCAAGGCCAAUAAGCAUCAGAUCAAGCAGGCAGUAAAGAAGCUCUAUGACAUUGAUGUGGCCAAGGUCAACACACUGAUCCAGCCUGACGGAGAGAAGAAGGCCUAUGUCCGACUUGCUCCUGACUAUGACACAUUGGACAUUGCCAACAAAAUUGGAAUCAUCUAAACUAUCCAGCUAUCCUGCUCCACCUUCAAUAAAACAUUUCCAGUAUUCAAAAAAAAAAAA